AUGCCCUCUCUCCAUCCGCUGCUCAGAUAUUCAUGAAUCACUGUCUUCCAGCAUCGCUUUCUCUCUCCCUGUGCCUUUCUGGCGCGGUCCUCCCUCCCUCCCUCUGGCAUCUGCUUUUUCUUACUCCUUCUCUCAGCUGCUUAACUACAGCUCCCAGUGGAACUUGCACAAUUAAAACAGCUCUCCUCUCGAGCAGCACCCAGAAGCGCAUCACCUGGAGCAGGGCGAUCGCCCACUUGCACCGCCGCAGAGCAUCCAGGUAGCUGGGGGCGCGGCAGGGGUGUGUGGGGGGGUCCUUCUCCCGCUCUCUGCAGCAGCCACAGCAUCUCCUGGGAGUCCGCUGCGUUCCAGGGUCCCGUAGCAAUGAUGCGUGUGUUUCGUAACAAUGAUGGGAAGAGAGAAGCCACUGCCGGUGGCCAUUGAAAGCGGGGAGAGGUUGCUGCAGUCUCCACUGGCGUAGAAUGUGUGAGUGACAACCUGCGGGGCCCCGCUGGAGUCUCCAUCCCGCUCCGUCUUCCGUCUUCCUUCGCGGUCUCCAGGAGGGAACUCGGGAACCAGAUGCACUAACCGGGCGAGUGCCACCCUGGAUCUGUAACUGUGAACUUCCCGCUGUGGAAAAUGGUCAACAAAGACAUGAAUGGAUUCCCAGUCAAGAAAUGCUCAGCCUUCCAGUUUUUUAAGAAGCGGGUACGAAGGUGGAUCAAAAAUCCAAUGGUCAGUGUGGACAAGCAUCAGAGUCCCAGCCUGAAGUAUACGGGCCCCUCAGUGGUGCACAGCCCCCAUGGGGAGCCCGACUUAGAGCCUUCCGUGUGUCGGACGUGCCUAGGAGACCAUGCUUUCCAAAGAGGGGUUCUCCCUCAGGAGAAGGAGUCGUGUCCAUGGGAAACUCAACCCAGGUGUGAAGUGAAAGAACCAUGUACUCAUGCCAACAUCCUGACCAAGCCUGAUCACAGAACCUUCUGGACUAAUGAUGACUCAGGUAUUAUGGGGAAAAUGCUCUCUGGUCCUGCGAUGCCCAGAAAGUGUUCUGUAGUAAAGUGCUGCACAGAGACAAGGCUUAAGGGAAAUUUGGGUUCAGGUAGCCACAGUCAUCCUCAGUGUCCUGAACCGCAUCUCCUUCAGCCAACUGAGCUCCUCUCAGAGCUGACCGCCGGCCACUUGGCCAAGCUUCCCAGUGAGCCCUGGGUGGGGCUCAAACUGCUCAACAGUUUGCCAUCUGCCGUGAUUAGUGCCUUGAACUCUCGAGUAAGGCCACCUGAGUUGGCUAUCAACUUCAGUGCUUCCUGCCUGUGGGUCUUCGGAACAUGA